CCGCUGUCAGUUACUGUCAGGAAACACUUGCGAUUCUUAAAAAUUUUGUUUAGUUUGUGCAAUCGUUACCCAAUAAACAUGUUAAAUUUGCAUCGAAAUCGAAUUUUCACCCGUUCACUCUUUACCGGUGCCCGUCGGUUAAAUCACGAUGAGCCGCAAAACACGCAGUUGGCCAGUAUCAAAAACAAAAUCGAAAAGGACAAAAAGAAGCUCCAGUGGCGAACUCCAUACAGUGAUCGCCCGGAUUCCUUUCAGAGCAGCUUCAAACUGUUCGCCCCCACUAAUCGGAACUCGGAACUGGUUGAAUUGAUGCAACAGCCGGUCGAUCUGUCGCCUUCCGCAAUCAAAAAGUGGUGGCAAUCCCGGAAGGACGGAACCGAAGCGUUCAUGCAAAAGUUCAUCCCGGAACGGCAUAGCACUUUGGGAGAGGAUUUGGCGUCUGCACAUUUUGUAGUGCACCGAGGAGGAUCUGUUAGAUUCCGCGGACAAAAAGAGUGGAUCAAGAUGGACGAAGAGGAGAACUACAACCUGCCACAGCACUUCAUACCGAACCUGGUGCUGGAGGAGAUCAAUUGUGACAACAUGAAUCUGUUCUACGAAGGCUUAGAAAACAUUCGACGUUUGCGCUAUCUGAAACAUCUGUCCUUCGAGAACGUAGCCAAAUUCGACGAUUGGUGUUUGGACAGAAUAUCAGGUAAUUCAUUUCCCUCGCUAGAGGUGUUGAACCUUCGCCGGACGGCCAUUACCGACCGAGGUCUGCACUGUCUCUACCGGUUACCGAGUUUGAAAGUCGUACUCGUGGAUGAUCCCGAAAAGAACAUCAUGUGGAAAAUGAUGGUCUCUCUGCUUGAAGAAUGGAAUCCACAGAUGUCGGUAAGAGCAUCUUAGUGCGGGGAUGUGUUGUAUGUAAGUCUAGUCAGACCAGGUCAGACCAUUAACGUUAUUACUAUCUAAAGAACACUAAAAGUUGUUCAAAA